UUUGGGCCUCUCUGGGCCUCGGUUUCCCCGUUUUGCGGGCGGGCGGAUCCCAGCGGGGACACGUCGGCGCCCAGCCUGGCCUCUGGACCUGGGACCUGCACCAGCCCCGCGGGCAGAAACGUCGGUCCUCCAGCCCUCGGCCUCGCGGGGCAGCGGACGCAGGCGGGAUGGCCGGGGCGAGGGUAUGGCCUGGGCGCCCCCGCUUGGGCGGGGCUUCGGCGGACGCAGCCCCGCCCACCCUCGUCUACCCUCCGACCUCGGUCCCAGGCCCCGAGCAGCUCCCGGCGCGGGCGGGAGGGGAGCGGGCAGUCGCUGCGGUUCCCGCGCCCUGGCCCCUUCGCCGCUCCCGACCCCCAGAAGCUCAACAGCAGCGGAACCUUCGCUGCGGCGCGCGCUUCCGGCCGGCGCCGUUUCCCAGGGACGCCGCCGCCCCUCGCGCCCCGCGCCCGCGCCCCCCGCGCCCGCGUCCCCGGCGCCGCCGGCCCGGAGCUCCCCGAAGCCUCGGCCCCGCCGCCGCCGGCCCUCGCGAGGGGAAGCCCGGGCCGUACGGGACCUCGGCCCGCUCCUCCGGACCCGAGAGGCCGCUGCACCGGGUAGGAGGUCAGUGGGACAGAGGGCCGCGAGCGCUGAGACGACGGGGACACUGUCCCCGGGCAGCGGCCGUGUUGACCUGUCUCCCCUCCGCCGCUCCCAGCUGCCGCUCCGGAUGCUGCUGCUGCCGCCGCGGCCCCCCCACCCUCGGGCCUCCUCUCCCGAGGCCAUGGACCCGCCGCCCCCCAAGGCGCCCCCUUUCCCCCCGGCGGAGGGCCCUACGUCCACUGCGUCCUCGGCGGCGGGGCCCCGGCCCCCGCGGCUGGGCCGCCACCUGCUCAUCGACGCCAACGGGGUUCCCUACACGUACACGGCGCCGCUGGAGGAGGAGCCGCGCGGCCCGGCCCCGCGCGAGGCGCCUCCCGGAGAGCCCGGGCCGCGCAAGGGCUACAGCUGCCCCGAGUGCGCCCGCGUCUUCGCCAGCCCCCUGCGGCUGCAGAGCCACCGCGUGUCGCACUCGGACCUCAAGCCCUUCACGUGCGGCGCCUGCGGCAAGGCCUUCAAGCGCUCCAGCCACCUGUCGAGGCACCGUGCCACGCACCGCGCCCGCGCUGGCCCGCCGCACGCCUGCCCGCUCUGCCCGCGUCGCUUCCAGGACGCCGCGGAGCUGGCGCAGCACGUGCGGCUGCACUGAGCCGGCGGGCGGCCCCGGCCCGGCGCCCCGCGUGCAGCUCCCGGGUGGUGAGCGCCUGCCGUCUGCGCGGGAGGGUCGACCACAGACCGCGGCAGCGGCCCGGUUCGCUUCCGUGUCUCCCCUCGCACCUGCCACCCUCACCCUCUCUCAAUAAACAUUCCGCACUUCA